CAAGGUCCUUGCCGCGCAUGGUAUUUAGCCAUGACUGUUGUAUAACUGUAGUAUUUAGCUUUUACCAUUGUAUAACCAGUGUGUGAGCUGCUCUCGUGUGCUGGGUAGACGGCAGCGCCGCAGUUCUGUGUACAGCUAUGAGGGUUCUUAUCGGAGGAGGCAGUGGGUUUAUUGGUCAGUCAUUGUCGCAGUUAUUGAAAAGCAGAGGGCACCAAGUCACUAUUAUAUCCCGCCAACCUGGGCAGGAGAGGAUCACAUGGACAGAUGUCUCCAAAAAGGGUUUGCCACCAUGUGAUGCAGUUGUGAACUUGGCAGGAGAGAAUGUACUGAACCCCCUGAAGAGAUGGACCGAGCAGUUCAAACAGGAAGUCAUUGACAGCAGGAUUGAGACUACGCGCACUGUUACUCAAGCUAUUAGCCAGUCUCCGAGCCCUCCACACACUUGGGUGGUAGCCACCGGAGUGGGAUAUUAUCCACCCAGUCAGACCCAGCAGUAUACUGAAGACAGUCCUGGUGGCAAUGCAGACUUUUUGUCUCGCCUUGUGAGAGACUGGGAGAGUGCAGCAGAGCUGCCUGGUACUGAGGGCAAUCCAGUCACCCAGCUGGUUAAAGUACGAACAGGUGUAGUUUUGGGUCGAAAUGGUGGUGCUCUUCCUACAAUGCUGUGGCCCUUCCGGUUGUGUCUUGGUGGUGUACUUGGUUCUGGAAAGCAGCCAUUUCCUUGGAUUCACAUUGAAGAUCUCUGCAGACUCUUAUGUCACACUAUUGAGCAGGAAGGAAAAGCUGGUGGUAUAUUGAAUGCAGUAUCACCCUCUUCAGUUGCAGACACCAAUGCUGACUUCACAGGGGCCCUAAGCAAGGCACUGGGACGUCCUGCCUUCUUAUUCACUCCAGGCUUUGCUGUUCAGUUACUGUUUGGGAGUGACAGAGCUCCAAUGCUUCUGGAGGGUCAGCGAGUAGUCCCAAAAAGGACCCUGCAAAGUGGAUUUUCCUUUCUAUAUCCAGACCUGGACUCUGCACUUGCUCAACUUUUGAGCUAAAUCACAAUAAAAAAAUGACUUAAACAUUGAUCUAUACUUUUAUUGGCUUAGGCAUCUCAUAUAUUUAUCAAGUCUCAGUAUGAAUUACAUGCACUGUCAAUUUUUAUUGUGGAGAUACCCAAGCGCUUUACUUGACUGUCUCCAUCAGUCCCUUAGACAUUGAAUGGAGUGAGACGUGUGACCGUUCUAUUCAAAUGCCUCUAGAAAAGGGGCCUCGGGACCUCUAUUUUAGUGAUUGGUCAGGUUCCCAGCAGUCCGACCCUCACCUAUCGUACACUUAUCAGUUAACCUGGAGAGACAAAUGUUUGUAAUAAAAGCCUUGAAGUGA